CACACACACACACACACACAAAACUCAGCAACUUAACCAUACAUUCAAAGGUGCUCUUGCCUCACCAUUGUUAACGAGGAUAUCCACUGGCCCAAAGGCCUCCUCCGCCUUGUCCACGAGGUUUUGCAUCUACGAAGACGGUAUUCUUCAGUCUCUAGCCAUCCCCAUUCUUCUCAGUAUACCUAUAUCACCUGUUCGGGGCUCGUGACAUCCGCCAGGACGAUGAGAACAUUCCCACUCUGCCCAGUCUUCGCCUCGAUGUCCGCCUUGACAUUCUCCAGCGCCUCCAGUCGACGAGCACCGAUUGUCACCUUAGCUCCAGCGUUCACAAGCUCCAGCGCGAUAGCUAUGCAAAAUUACAUCAACGUAUAAAUAGUAAGCCAGCGCCAGCAAACCGAUAUCUACUGCAGUUCACAUACCGGCGCCAAUGCCUCCGGAUGCGCCGGUGACCACCGCGACCUUGCCACUCAGCUUCAUGCAACUCAUACCGGUAAUCACCGAUAUACCAGCAACCGCUCAAAAAGUGAGCAUGCGGUCGGCAAGGCUCGUCUUAGCCCUGACGGGCGCUGGUGGUCGCCGUGGCGCCCUCCCAUCGCGCUCCUUGCUGCUGCAGCCUCGUGCAUGGCGUUGUCUGUCCUCCACAGGAGCGAAAACGCCAUCCAAUCCGUUUGAGAUCGACCUGAACGUGCUCAAAACGCCCUCGUCGCCUACAGAGAAACUCACUCUGGACGAUGCCACGCGUGCGGCUACCUCACAGCAGACAGAGGCGCAACAUGAUAUCAAUCUCCUGCACGCUGAGAUGUCGACCCUCUUCGGGGAAGACGUGGCAGAGUACGGGGGCGACACGUCAUCGGCCAGUGUGGAAGAAGAUGUGACUGCUUUCAACAAAAGAACGAGGAUAAGAGAGCACGAGGAGGUGCCUAAGGAGAGAGGAGCUGUGCAGCCUCCGGUUACUAGAGCUGCUCAGAAGCCCAAGGUGGUGGAGGAGAUCUCAAGCACAGAUAGCAGUGUGGGUCAAUCGAUCAUGAGGGAUAAUGCACUGGUGAAUGUGCUGCUACUACAGGGCCCUUGCAGCUUCGUACGGGGAGUUUGGACUGGGGGAGAUAUAAAGAGGAAAGAGCUACAGCACCAGAUUCAAGCUCUAGCUGACGACCAGAAGAUUGUGGUCAAACACCGCGAGUAUGACUCGGAGAAAAUCAUCUUGCAUAUGCUGCUGGAAGCACGUGAAGACCAAGUGGUCGUGUUAUGCUGGAACAUUAGUUUAGCCAAGUCGCCGUUUGUGGUUCACGCUCUGGGGCUUAUUCAGUCCCGCGUCAUUAUCGUGAGUCCGAACAAUGUGGACCAUGGACCUUUGCCAGCGAGUGUUGUUGGUGUGCUGUCAGGUGCGUCAAGCCAAAGCCACGUUAACAACUUUGCCAAGUAAGAAUACCAACUGGUGAAUUCUGUCGUAGGCUUCUGGAAUCAGUCGAUAUCGCUGGCAUUGAGCGCCGCGGCCAAUCUUCUGGCAAAGCAGACUGAUUUUUCGAGUGCCAAGAAUUCGCAAAACUCUGCUGGUAUUGCAAGCUCGAAGAAAGGUGUUCUAAGCGCAAAAACGAAGAAGAAAGCCCUCACUUGCUAUUUGUGUGGAAAGGAGGGCCAUAUUCGAAGCAAGUGCCCCGAACUGCCUAGAAAUAAGGUGUAAAUGAUGACCUGGGAACUCUCAUGGAGAGAGAAGAGCUCUUGGCUGACCAACGCCCACCGCGGAAGUCGCCGACUUCAAGUCGGUAAAGCAACAUGCUUUCUCCCAACCAUACGUUGUUCAAAUUCAAUAGCCUAUUUCAACUUUCGUAGUUGUGGAGUUUUUUUUAAUUUUUUUUAAUUAUAUGAGAUA